AUGGUUGAGUUGGGUUGUUCUAUAGAUCAAUUCACCCAACUAAAGCCUCUUGCUUUCGUAGCAAGUGCAGAUCCGAUUCGAAUUGAGAAUUGGAUUCGAGAGAUCGAGAAAAUCUUGGAUGUUCUAAACUGUACUGAGAAACAGAAAGUAGCCUUUGCAAUGUUCAAGUUGACAAGUGAGGCACAGAGAUGGUGGGAAUCAGUAAAGAUGCUGGAGAAGCAUCAACCUAUUCCAGUAGUGAUGACGUGGACCCGUUUCAGAGAUAUAUUCUUUGAACGGUACUUUCCAGCCAUGGUCAGAAACGCGAAGAUGGAGGAAUUUAUGAGUCUGACGCAGGGACAGUUGAUAGUUCAACAGUACUCUGGUAGAUUCCAGGAGCUAUCCCAAUUUGCUCCAUUCAUGAUUCCAGAUGAGAUCCUGAAGAAGAGGCCAGUGCCUCCCAGCUCUUCUGCUGGUGCUACGCAGGGCAACUGGAAGAAGAACAACAACAGUGGUGCAUUUCAUAGUACCUCAACCACUCCUGAUUGCCCUACAUGUGGUAAGAAGCACUUUCAGGAUUGUAGGCGGAGUACAUGGGCUUUCUUUUGGUGUGGUAAGUUGGGGCAUCGGAUUAAAGAUAGUAGCCUACUGGGGAAUAGCGGAGCCCCACAAUAG